UGUAUGUUAUGUAUUCCUCUUUCUCUCUCUACCUUACAGCCAUAGCCAUAGCCACACCCACAAACAUGGAACGUCGUUGCUGAACUUGCAUUUCCAUACAAGGUUGUCUACCCCUUUGUGUCCCUCUUUCUUUCUCUCUCUGUUUUUUUUUUUGGCUCUGAAGAACACUGCAUCUUUUUCUUCUUCUUCUUCUUCUUGUCUUUAGUUUCAUCUCAAUCCUCACAACUAGCUUGUCCUACUCCUACCCUUAACCAUACACACUUUCUUUUCUUUCUUUCUUUCUAUAUCUUUUCUUUUUUCAUUUUUAUGUGUAGUUUGUCACACUUUUUUGUUUACUUGUAGUUUGUACUUUUGCCAACUCUCUCUUUGGUUGGUGCAAUCCACGCACGCUAUCUCUCUCCUAAUUUUCUGAACUGUUUUGUUUGUAGUAACUCCUCAGAGAGAGAGAGAGAGAGAGAGAGAGUAAAAGUUUGGUGACUUACAAAGAGAUAGAGAGAGAGAAUAGAACUGGAACUGGCACGGGUAGAUAGAAGAAGAAGAAGAAGAUGGGGGACAAAUCCGUGGAGUUAGAGGCUGUUCUCAAAGAAACUGUGGAUUUGGAGAACAUACCCAUUGAGGAAGUUUUUGAGAAUCUGAGAUGUAGCAGAGAAGGUCUCAGCAGCAAGGCUGCUGAGGAAAGACUCGCCAUUUUUGGCCACAACAAGCUUGAAGAGAAAAAGGAGAGCAAGUUUUUGAAGUUCUUGGGAUUUAUGUGGAAUCCUCUUUCUUGGGUUAUGGAGGCUGCUGCUAUAAUGGCAAUUGCUCUUGCCAAUGGAGGGGGUAAGCCUCCUGAUUGGCAAGACUUUGUUGGUAUUAUCACUUUGCUUGUCAUCAAUUCAACCAUCAGUUUCAUAGAGGAGAACAAUGCUGGUAAUGCUGCUGCAGCUCUCAUGGCUCGUCUCGCUCCGAAAGCAAAGGUUCUUCGUGAUGGUAGGUGGAACGAACAAGAUGCCGCAGUCCUGGUUCCUGGUGACAUCAUCAGCAUCAAACUUGGAGAUAUUAUCCCUGCAGAUGCUCGCCUUCUCGAAGGUGAUCCUUUGAAAAUUGAUCAGUCUGCACUUACCGGUGAGUCCCUACCAGUGACAAAGGGUCCCGGUGAUGGUGUGUAUUCUGGUUCAACCUGCAAACAAGGAGAGAUUGAAGCUGUGGUCAUCGCUACCGGUGUUCACACCUUCUUUGGGAAAGCUGCUCACCUUGUAGAUACUACUAAUCAAGUCGGUCACUUUCAACAGGUCUUGACUGCAAUUGGUAACUUCUGCAUAUGUUCUAUUGCUGUGGGGAUGAUCAUCGAGAUCAUUGUUAUGUAUCCCAUUCAAGAUAGAAAAUAUCGUCCGGGAAUAGAUAACCUGCUUGUGCUUCUUAUUGGAGGAAUUCCAAUUGCCAUGCCGACGGUUUUGUCCGUGACCAUGGCUAUUGGUUCUCAUAGGCUCUCUCAGCAGGGUGCUAUCACAAAGAGGAUGACAGCCAUUGAAGAAAUGGCAGGCAUGGAUGUUCUUUGUAGUGACAAGACUGGGACUUUAACACUAAAUAAGCUUACGGUCGACAAAAAUCUUGUCGAGGUUUUUGCAAAAGGAGUGGACCCGGAUACUGUUGUUUUGAUGGCAGCUCGAGCUUCAAGACUUGAGAAUCAAGACGCCAUAGAUACUGCCAUUGUUGGGAUGCUGGCUGAUCCAAAGGAGGCACGUGCCGGUAUACAAGAAGUGCAUUUUCUUCCUUUCAAUCCAACUGAUAAGAGGACUGCAUUGACCUAUAUUGAUCAAGAUGGCAAAAUGCAUAGAGUAAGCAAAGGUGCACCCGAACAGAUCCUACACCUUGCCCACAACAAAUCAGACAUCGAACGCAGAGUUCAUGCAGUGAUUGAUAAGUUCGCAGAGCGCGGUCUGCGAUCUCUUGCUGUAGCAUACCAGGAAGUUCCCGAUGGAAGGAAAGAAAGUGCUGGAGGCCCAUGGCAGUUUAUUGGCCUUAUGCCUCUCUUUGACCCACCUAGGCAUGAUAGUGCCGAAACAAUACGGAGGGCACUAAAUCUCGGAGUAAAUGUCAAAAUGAUUACAGGUGAUCAACUAGCUAUAGGAAAGGAAACAGGACGACGCUUGGGAAUGGGUACCAAUAUGUACCCUUCAUCUGCUUUACUUGGACAGGACAAGGAUGAAUCCAUUGCUGCCUUGCCCAUUGAUGAACUAAUCGAAAAAGCCGAUGGAUUUGCUGGUGUAUUUCCUGGUAUGUCUCAAUACUAUCCCGGGGAUUUCACGUGUACUCGAAUAAGUAUUGAUAUGAUUGUUGUUUUAUAUUUUUGGUCAGAGCACAAGUACGAGAUUGUGAAGCGUUUGCAAGCGAGGAAACAUAUCUGUGGAAUGACUGGUGAUGGAGUGAAUGAUGCACCUGCUCUAAAGAAGGCAGACAUUGGUAUAGCUGUCGCCGACGCCACGGAUGCUGCUCGUAGUGCAUCUGAUAUUGUUUUAACAGAACCUGGUCUUAGUGUUAUCAUAAGUGCUGUUUUGACCAGCCGAGCUAUUUUCCAGAGAAUGAAAAAUUAUACAAUUUAUGCUGUCUCAAUCACAAUUCGUAUCGUGCUCGGUUUCAUGUUGCUGGCUCUCGUAUGGAAGUUUGAUUUUCCACCUUUUAUGGUUCUUAUUAUUGCUAUCCUGAAUGAUGGUACUAUUAUGACAAUUUCAAAGGAUAGAGUAAAACCGUCACCACUGCCGGAUAGCUGGAAGCUAGCAGAGAUAUUUACUACUGGCAUUGUGCUCGGAAGUUACUUGGCAAUGAUGACUGUCAUUUUCUUUUGGGCUGCAUACAAGACAAAUUUCUUCCCGCGAGUGUUUGGUGUUUCAACCCUUGAAAAAAGUGCUCAUGAUGAUUUCCGAAAACUCGCCUCAGCAAUUUAUCUUCAAGUGAGCACCAUUAGUCAAGCUCUUAUAUUCGUGACUCGUUCUCGAGGCUGGUCAUAUGUCGAGCGUCCGGGAUUAUUGCUGGUGGUUGCUUUCGUAGUUGCUCAGCUGAUCGCCACGUUGAUCGCAGUAUAUGCAAACUGGAGCUUUGCCGCGAUCGAAGGAAUAGGAUGGGGUUGGGCUGGUGUAAUAUGGCUGUAUAACAUAAUAUUCUACAUCCCUCUUGAUAUCAUCAAAUUCUUGAUUCGCUAUGCUUUGAGUGGAAGGGCUUGGGAUCUUGUCAUUGAGCAAAGGAUUGCAUUCACUAGGCAAAAGGACUUUGGGAAAGAACAAAGGGAACUUCAAUGGGCACAUGCUCAAAGAACACUGCAUGGAUUGCAAGCCCCUGACACUAAGAUGUUCACUGAGCGCACGCAUUUCAAUGAGCUCAAUCAAAUGGCCGAAGAAGCUAAGAGGAGAGCCGAAAUUGCGAGGUUGAGAGAGCUCCACACACUGAAAGGUCAUGUGGAAUCAGUUGUGAGAUUGAAGGGUCUGGACAUAGACACAAUUCAGCAAGCAUACACAGUCUGAGAGGUUUUGUUGCAUAGUGAUGAUAAUAUUAUUAUUAUUAUGAUUAUUGUAAAGGAUUGAUAGUUAUUAUCGCUGAGAGGGAGAUAAUGUAAUGAAUGAAUGAUUGCACUCUCUAGUGUUUUUAUUAUAUUUUUUUUAUUGUGA